CCUCCCGCGUCGCCCCUGGCGCGCUCCGCGCAGCCCCGACAGCUUCUGUCCCUGCCAUUGCUUCGUCUUCCUAAGAGCCGCGUGGUACCUCUGCGCCCGUCGCAUCGUGGACUGCUCCAGUGCAGCUUGUUGCGAUGGGGCCGAACACGGAACGGGGGGGGGGGGGACAGCCGCCCGAUGGGGGCGGUCGGCAGCAGCAGGAGGCUCGCCUUGCCCCGCAGCUGGCCCGAGGUGUCUGAUUUGAUUUGCGUCUGACAUGCUGGAGGCGGGCCGUCGCAGAGAUCUUUGGGGAGUCCAGCCUUCAGCUUCACUCGAGAAGCGAGGACAGCUCUCCGCGUACAGAGCGUGUGACCGCCCUGGACGUCGCGCUGCCUCGACUGCGGGAGGGUCCAGCCGCGGGCUGUCAGAAGCGCGCUGCCGUCGAACCCCAGACAAACAUCUCACGCAGGGGCGGAACCGGUUGCAGCCCUUUCUCGAAAGGCAGACCGAUUCGGCCACUGCAACUGCCACGGCGGUGCUCUCAGUCGCGAGCGUUGGCGUUGUCGCGCAGGCCCUGCGCUGCUCUGUCCGCCGUGUCGGUCACGAGGCCUCGGACCUGCUGCUGGGCAGCAGCAGCUGCUGCGCGAGCCCGUGCGGCGGCAUGCCCUGCCGCGCCGGCUUCUCUCCGAGGUGGUGAGUUACCCAUUACUACCGCCGACUGGGGGAUCGAUCUUCGGGG